UCUCCCUCGCCCCGCUCUCCGUCUCGUCGGCCGGCGGUGGCUCUGGCCGGCGGGGCAAAGCCACCUGAAUCAUGGCCAAGUCUGGUGCCCGUAAGGAGGCGGCACCAGCCCGGUCAUCGGCGACCUCGCCGCCGACGCAGCACGUCCCCGGCGCCCCGGCAGGCUCGUGCGGCAGCCGCUCUUCUACCCCGGCGCUCCGACUAGCUCGUCCACCAGUCCGUCGACACCGCCGCACCUGUACCCCCCUCUCAUGGAAUCCUCUACUGCAAACCCUACAUGGAGGCCAAUGUACACCCCUGCACCUGAAGGCUUGCUAAGUUUUGGACAAUUCCCUCCAAUGCAUCCUUAUAAUUUUCGACCUCCGCCAAUGCACCACCCUGAACAAGGACACAAAAAUAUGGAGAAUUUGCAUUUUGUUGGGGCUUCCCCACACGAUUCCUUUUCAACACCACCGCCACCACUGCACCCUAAAGUUGCAUCUCGGUCUGCUCCCGCCAAAGUGGAUUCUACUUCCUCCAAAAGGAAGAAGCGGAAGGUCACCAAUGUAGAUGACGAUGAAUUGGGAGAAAGGACCGCAUAUCGUCUGCCCUAUUUACCCGAGGAACAUGAAAGACUGGCAGGCGCUUGGCUGGAGUGUUCACUCGAUCCCAUCAAUGGGAACAGAAAGAAGAAUGAGCGGUUCUGGGAUGACAUUGCUGCUCUAUACAACAUUGCUGCUCUAUACAACAGUGCCACGCAAAGUAACCGAAAGAGAGAUCGGGAUCAGUUGAAGAUGGAGUGGCAAAGGACCAAGAAAAGGCUCGCCGCUUUCCAUGGUGAGUGGAUUGACGUAAUUGGAGUGUAUCGUAGUGGUUGCAGCCAACAUGACCUGGAAAAAAUGGCUUUGGAGAAGUAUGAACAAAACUAUCACCAGCCUUUCCAACAUUUAACUAUGUGGGCAAAACUCAAGGAUGAUGGUAAAUGGCUAGCCUCUUACAGAAACAUGACGGAAAAAGUAGGGAACAGAACAUCUGUGGAGACCAAUCUCACACCAAAUAUGAUUAACUUGGAGGCCGAGGAGCGCCCAUCAGCUGGCCGUGAUAAGGCUAAGGUUGAACGUGCUGGUAAAGGCAAGUCAGGAGGGCUCUCACAAGAGCUUGGAGAAAGAUUGGAAAAAUUCAUCGAGGUUAACAAUCAAUCAAUGGAGGACCGUCAAAAGGUGAUAGACAGCCAGGUGAUUCUAUCAAAUCAACAGCUUGAGACUGCGAAGAUCAACAACAAAACAAAAUUGUUGGAUGUUUACUCCAAAAUGCUUUUAGCGGACACAUCUAAGAUGGAUGACGCUGAAAAGGCUCGACUUGCUAAGGCUUUGAGUAAAAUGGAGCCCAUGUUAUUUCCUGAAGGAGAUUCAGUUGAUUGAAGGGAAAGAAGCGAUGCACUAUGAAGCAUAUCAGAGGAUAGGUUGUUCAGCUACAUUCAGUCAGUUAAUGGUGUGAACUAGGUGGAUCCUUAAUUGUGUGAACUUGAUAAUUGUCCUGCUGCAUUUUGUCUCGGUCAGUUUAUUGUGUGAACCUGAUGGAUUGUUCAACACUUUUGUUGUCCCGGUCAGUUUAUUGUGUGAACCUGAUGGAUUAUUAUUGUGUGAA